AUAUAUUACUACUAAUAUUAUUAUUAGUUCUAAUAAUAUUAUUAUUAUUAGUGUGAUUGCGUCACUAUUUAUUAUUAUUAUUAUUAGUGUGAGUGAAGAGGUUUAAGUCGUAUCGUCUUUAAACUGAUAUUUAAGCAGAGCACACACGCUGGUUCAUUUAGACUUCAUAUUUUAACUGUAACUUUAGUUUGUGUUUAUUAUUCGAUAAUGUUUUGCAAUAGUUUAAGCAUGUAUAGUUUUUAUAUAUGUAACGGAGGCUUGUGCUAGGUGCCGUGCAGCGAGUUGUAUAAAGCAUGUUUCAACUUGCUUAUGUCACCUUGCUUUUACUACCUUUACUCCACUGAUCUCAGUAGUAUUAUAAGCUGAACUUUAGCUUAUUUAUUAGCGCGCCCGUGCUUAAGUGUGCUAUUACUCUUCAUGCUGAUAAGUAUUAUAGUUUAUUUUAUAUGAAUUUUUCAAUGCAUUUGUUAUGGACUUCACUUCCUGUACACGGUAGAAACAUGGUUCCAGCGCUAAAAUGUUGCUCAUGUUUAAAUGCAUUACGGACUUCAGACCGCUACUGUGUGUGUGUGUGUGUGUGUGUGACGUCAGCUAGAGUGAGGGAAGAGGUUGGACGCAUCAUCUUUAAACUGUUUCCAGCGCACACACUAGUUCGUUUAGACUUCAUAUUUUAACUGUGACUUUAGUUUUAUAUAUUAUUUGAGAAUGUCUUACAAUAAUUUAAGCAUGUAUAGCUUUUAUAUUUGUAACUGAAUGUAGCACUAAGUGCUGUGAGGUAAACCUCAUCUUUAUAAGUAUAUAAACUUGCCAGUGAUGGCUUUCACUUGUAUUGUUAUUUAUGUAUUAUUUCAGAAUGUCUUGCAAUAAUUUAAGCAACAUAUCGCUUAAACGGUAAUAGCUAGAAACAUGCUUCCAACGCUAAAAUGCUGCUUAGGUGCGCUAUUACUUUUCAUGCUGAGAAGUAUUAUAGUUUUUUUAGAUGGAUGUUUAAAUGUAUUUUUCACGGACUUCAGACCGCUGCUGUGUGUGUGUGUGUGUGUGUGACGUCGGCUAGAGUGAGGGAGGAGGGUUUUUUUUAAUUAUUUGAGCAUGUCUUGCAAUAGUUUAAGCAACAUAUUCGCAAUCACACUCGCAUUUUCUUCUGGAAAUGCAGCAUUCUAGUUUUACCUGUUACAACAACAGAAUACAACAAACAGAAGUGCAGUGUGCAUGUGUAGGCCUACUUUGAAAUAAAGUAAACACUGAACUAUGCAGGCCUUUUUGAGUCCUUCCCGUAUUUGUGUAAAAUUAAAAUAAAACGUAGUCCACUUUAAUAUGAAAAAACAUAUAAUUGCAGCUUAGCAGUUUUAAAAAAGUAAACAUAAAAUUAGGAAUGUUUUUUGACAAGUGCAUUUCAAUGUGCUCUCAUCCUCUUCGGGUUUCUUUCUCGGCCAGCAAUCAACCGAAGCACCUGAAUAUACAAUAAAAAACUAUCAGCUUCGGGUCUGAAAUAAAUGUUUUUUUCUGAAAAAUAAUAGCCUAUUAAAUUCUAGUAUUCUCACCUGUUUAACAUGACUUCUGUUUCUGAAGCUCGAUGCUGAUCUUCCCUAUAUCGGGGCUGUAAGAUGUGACUUUGAUCUUCACACAGGACUGUAGGCUCUCAUUUAUGAGGCGGGAGCGAUAUUUGGACUUUAUGAAGUUCAUGCUCGAGAAAACUUGCUCGCAUAAGUAUGUUGAGCCAAAGAUGGACAGGACUCCAAAUGCAUACUUUUCAUGUUCAUAUACAUACAGUAUGUGUCGGGAAUGGCACUCCAUGUUUCAAAAAGAAGUUUGUCGGGUUUGGGGAGGUUUUCAAUAUCAUUAUGUUGGCUUGAAAAAGCCAACAUACUGUUUUCCUAUUUAAACUUCUUAGGAUUAUUUUUCUUAGACAAUUAAUUAUUAUCCUAUAAAUAAUUAAUUAUUAUCCUAUUAAUUAUAUUAUCCUCCUAGAGCUUUCGAGCUACAUGCACCAAACCCGGCACGGUUGUUGAGCCUGGUCUGAAAUUUGUUGCUAUUACUUUUCUAAGGAACCGGAAUUCUGGUAAUUCCCAGUACGGAAGCCCAAAGUGGCCUUUUUCCAGAUAGAAUUCCAUUCAAAACUUUGGAGGUUUAUAACUCGGCGGGCUUUCGAGAUAUCGACACCAAACUUGGCCAGCUCCUUCAGAAUCUUGGCCGGGAUGAAGCCGUACAUUUUGGGUCUGAUCGGAAUUUUGAAAUUCCGGUAUAGCCUCGCCCCCAAAUUCCCAAAAUCACAAAACUACCCCACCAUACACGUGACAUAUCAAAACACUCAGAACAAUGAGGGGAACUUUGUGAUGUGUGUUGGGUGACGUCACGUGACGUGACAUCACGUGCACGCCACUCCCCAAAAUUAGCGGAAUUUCAAAAUUACACCAACAUACACGUGACAUAUAAAAAUGCUCAGCACAUUGAGGGGAACUUUGUGACAUGUGUUCUGGUGACACAUCCACCCACCUCCAAAAGUAUUGGCACCCCAUCGAGCCACUCGCCUCCAGAAGAAUCGGGACCCUAUCUGUCUGCUCUCCACCAAAUAUAUUGCCAUCCAAUCUCUCCACCCGUCUCCAAAAAGCAUCGGACAUUACAACUACUUGCUUCAUCAAGCCAACAUCAAAGUUUGUCGCGAUGAACUUUAAAAAUAAAUUGUGCUCUUUAGUGAGAGUGGCCUUCUGACAGGCGACUUCUUCGAGAUCCGCUGUCAGGCUUUUGAACUUGGACACCCAUAGGUCUUUAUCCGCUAUGUCAGCCAGUUCAGUUUCAAGAUCGGGCUGACUUAUUCCUGUGAAUGCAGAUAUGUUCAGCAGGGAUGGGUCGAUGUCCAGCGGUGUGACAAGGAAGGGGGUCGCACACUCAAGAAGCCACCUGCAGGCCGAAGAGAGCCACAACAAGGAGGCUGAAGAGCCGCAUGUGGCUCCGGAGCCACAUGUUGCCGACCCCUGGUCUAGUCUAUUGAACAAAAUAAUCAAUAAAAUGUGUAACUAAUAAUUAGUAACUAAUUUAGUAACACAUUGAGAAUUUUUACACAAAGCCACUUGGUGUUGGUUUUCUUUAAUUUAUAAAAUGAAAUAAUAUUUUUUUCAAAACUGUAUUUGUUCAAUUGGACUGUUUUUGUCUUCUAAAAAAAGCUCAGAAAGAUAUGAAACAAUUAAGUUUUAAAUUAUUCGUGUACUAUUUAGUCAAGGUUAGUGUUUUUUUAUAUAUUAGUUAACAGCUUAUCUCUGUCUGUAGCAGUGUAGUAUUGAUUAGUGAGAUAAACACUCUGAGAGCAGCACAUGAAAUGUGUGUUUCACCUCCAACUACAGAAAAACCUAAACCUAAACUCACAUCAAACCAUGAAGGAGAUGUAUUGACAGGAAACUCAGUGACUCUGUCCUGUACACUGAAUCUACAGUCUGCUGGAUGGAAGUUUUACUGGAUCAAACCCACACAGAGCUCUGAGACUGAGACUGAAACAGACUCCUACAUCAUCAGUUCAGUUAGAGUCUCUGAUGGAGGUCAGUACAGGUGCAGAGCUGGAAGAGGAACCCCAGUCAACUACACAGACUACAGUAAUGCACUCUGGGUAAAUGUUACUGAGAGUCCUAAAGCUGUGGUGACCAUAAAGCCUGACAAACAUGUGUUCAGAGGAGAGACUGUGACUCUCAGGUGUGAAAUACAGGGAGGAGGAGAAGCUGAGUGGACAUACAGCUGGUAUAUAAAUGAUUAUAAACUCUACCGAAAACACAAAAUACAGGAGUUCAGCCUCAGGUCAGUUAAAAAUGAAGCCAGUGGUAACUACACCUGCAGAGGGAGGAGAAGCAGUGACACUCAGGGCUCAGAGAUCAGUGAUGCUGUUACUCUCACUGUAUCAGAUGUAGCAGAGGCAGUAGUGAGUGUGUCUCCAUUGAGUUGGCUGACUGAAGGAGAUUCAGUGACUCUAAGCUGUGAGGUUAAACACUCCUCUACAGGCUGGAUAUUCAGCUGGUACACAUUUGUGUCCUACAGAGACAGUCAGGGUUUCAUCAGGUACAGAGCAUUGCUCCUUUCAGACAGCAGCAGAGGAUCUGGAGGCUCCUACACUCUCAGUCCUGUUACUCUGAAUCACACAGGAGUUUAUGUGUGCAGAGCAGAGAGAGGAGUCUUUCAUACACGUUACAGCAAACUACAGCCACUGUGGAUCACUGGUGAAUCUCCUCCAGUGUCUCUGAUCAUCAGUCCGAGCAGAACUCAAUACUUUACUGCUGACUCUCUCUCACUGAGCUGUGGGGACCAGAGUAACUCUACUGGAUGGACAGUGAGAAGAUACAGAUACAGUGAGGAAUUGUUCAACUGUUCAUCAGUUUCAGGAUCUACAUGUAACAUCAGCUCCCUCUCUACAUCAGACAUUGGAGUUUACUGGUGUCAAUCUGAAUCUGGAGGACGCAGUAAUCCUGUCAACAUCACAGUGCACAAUGGUGCUGUGAUCCUGGACAGUCCUGUCCAUCCUGUGACUGAGGGACAUCCUCUGACUUUACGCUGUUUAUCUCACAGCAAAAAGAUCCCAGACUCUGGUGUUGAUUUCUAUAAAGAUGAUUCCAUCCUCCAGUCCCAGACUACAGGAGAGAUGACCAUCAAUAGUGUCUCAAAGUCAGAUGAAGGUUUCUGCCACUGUAAACACCCAGAGAGAGGAGAGUCACUGAAAAGCUGGGUUUCAGUCAGAGGUCCACUGCAAGCUUCAAGUUCAGUGCUCAGACUGAUCAGUAGUCUAGUGACGGUUUCUGUGUAUCUGCUGCUGACCAUCGUUGUGGCAGUGAAAUGUUUCAGAGCUCGAGUUGAGACUGAUGAAGACAACACCCAGAAUGCUGUUAUAGAGGAUUGAACAAAAAAAUAAAAAAAAAAUCAGAUUUUGUCAUAUGCCUCCUCAUGGGGUCACAACACUUUAAUGCAGUGUACAAUAAAAUAAACUGGAC